CUUGACCCACUAUUCACAGUCUGUAUGUUCGCAACGCAGAAUGAUGGACGGUGACGCUGGCGCGACAGCGGCUCCGCCGCCCAAGAAGAAGAAGUUCACUUUCAAUAGGGCAAAAUGGCAAACACAGGCCCCCAAAGCAGAGGACGAACCAGAGGUCGAUAUCUUCAGCCAUUCGAACGAUUUCGAGGACAUCAUCGCCGAGGAAGCUAGGCAGAAACUCGAGGCGAAAAAGAAAGCUGAGGCUGCUCGGAAGCGCAAAGCAGAUGAAUUACGAAGUCGUGCAAAGAGGAAAGCUUCAGAGGAAGCGGAAGGUCAUGUUGCGCGUAAAGCAUCUGGAGGUUCUUCACAAUGUCAAACAGGAUCGAACUUGCGAAGUCCCGCUCCCCAAUCCCCCGUGCGCUCCAAGUCUCCCUUGGAUACGCUUGCAACGCGUUAUGAAUCCUUUACGAGAUCCUCCAAUAUCAGUUCCUCCAAAUCAUCUCAGCAGCAGUCCAAUACGAUCACCUUGGACGAUUCUGACGGCGAAGAUUCUUCCCAGGUCUAUUCCCAGAGGCCAUUUUCACCCACGCGAAGCACGAUGCCCAUACACACUGUACCGUCCGCAUCUCCAUCGGAUAUUGAGGAGGGUGAGGAUCCCGCAUUGGUUGAACUGCGCUCCAAAGCUAGAGCCAGGGCCGCAGAGAGGGCUGCACGAGCAUCUAAAACUUCAGAAACACCUGAAAAACAAGACGAACAGGCACAGUCCCCGGCCGUGCAGCUACUCAUGACAUCGGAAAUCCCCAAUACGGUGCCACUGAUAGUUAAGGUACGACUGAAUACCACGCUGGAAAGGCCACGGACUGCUUGGUGUCAGCGACAAGGCUUCACACCCGCACAGUCUCGAGACGUCUUUAUCACAUUCAAGAUGAGGGAGAUAUAUGAUACCACGAAGAUUGAACGUCUUGAUCUUACGCAUGUGGGGAACGGUACUGUCAGAAUGAAGGGCGACGAAACGUACUACGAUGAAACCAAUUUGGCGAGACCUCAGGUGCAACUUUGGACGAGGGAACUCUUUGAGGAAUAUAAGAAGAGAGAGGCAGAAGAAGCGGCUGCAGGGAAAGCUUGCGAGCAGCUCUCUUCCCUGGAACAGCCGGAACCGGAGCCUGAACCGGAGCAGGUCCCUCAGAUCCAUUUGCAUUUGAGAGCGAAGAACAAGACUAUAUGGAAAAUAAUUGUCAAGCCGGACACUACGAUUUCACAUCUGAUGGACGGGUACAAGCAAUCACGCGAUAUUCCAGCUGAGCAACCCAUCACCUUGAUGAUUGACGACGAAAGGCUGAAGCCCAUGGAUGUUAUCAGCGACUACGAAAUCGAGGAUAAUGACACGAUCGAUGUAUAUCUCAAAUGA